CAUUUUCGUGGGAGGAAGAACCGCUGCUACAAGUUGGCAGUGCGCAGCGUCCGCAGGGCGUUCGUGAGGUCCACAAAAGCCAGGAGGGAGAAGAAGAGAUUCCUCAGAGCGCUGUGGAUCACAAGGAUUGAAGCAGCUUCCCUGGAACAUGGUUUGAAGUACUCAGCCUUUAUAAGCAACCUGCUCAAGUCCCAGGUGGAGCUGAAUAGGAAAGUGCUGGCAGACCUGGCUAUUUAUGAGCCAAAGACCUUCAAAUCCCUGGCUGCUCUAGCCCAGAGGAGGAGACAGGAAGGUUUCCUGGCUGCCCUGGGAGAUGGCAAAGAACCAGAAGGGAUAUUUUCACGGAUCGUGCACCACCACCAUUGA